UUUUGCAAGCAAGCCAUUCCCUUCUUAGUGGAAAGAUACGCCGCAGCAGUUUUUCCUGUCACUCGUUCCAGAUGAAUCUCUCCUCUAGUUUUUCCCGGGUGGAAUCUGAAGUGCAUUAAUUAGCUCAGGAUUCACAAACUACUCAAGGAAAGAUGCUGGAAUCCUUUAAACAUAUGAGGAUGUUGGGUCACUUGACACAGCCAGUUAAACCAGUAAGAUCCCAUAAAAUGGUUAUAGCUGGUGGAGUGUAAUGAUCAGAAAGGGCCAUUUGUGUCAGAGCUUCCCAACGAUGAGCCCGACUCUCAACAAUAUCCUAUCUUCCCUCCAGAGAAGUGGAACAUUUAUGAAUUCUUUAAUUGCUGCUUCGACCAUUGGCGCGCAACAGCUUUUCUCCUCUUUCACCUUCAGUUGUCCCUGUCAGGUUGGGAAAAAUUUCUACUAUGGUUCUGCUUUUCUAGUUAUUCCAGCCUUGAUCCUUCUGAUUGCUGGCUAUGCUCUGAGAAGCCAGAUGUGGACCAUGACCAGUGAAUACUGCUGCAGCUGUGGCCCUCCCCAGAGGAGAAUCAGCCCUCUGGAGCGCAAGCUGGCCUGUCUUCGGUUCUUCAGCAUCACCGGGAGGGCACUUGUUGCGCCAUUAACGUGGUUGGCCGUAACCCUGCUGACAGGCACCUACUAUGAAUGUGCGGCAAGUGAAUUCACACCUGUGGACCAUUACUCUGUGUUUGACAAUGUCAGCGACAGCAAACGGAAGGAGAUCCUGGCUGGGUUUCCAUGCGGCAAAUCAGCUCCAUCCGACAUGAUCCUGGUAAGAGAUGAAGUAGCUCUCCGGCACAGAUACCAGUCACAAAUGCUGGGCUGGAUUCUGAUCACCCUGGCAACCAUCGCUGCCCUAGUCUCCCGCUGCUUGGCGAGGUGCUGCUCUCCCCUCACCUCUCUGCAGCACUGCUAUUGGACCAACCACCUCCACAAUGAGAGGGAGCUCUUUGAACAAGCCGCCGAGCAACAUUCACGGCUCCUCAUCAUGCAGCGCAUAAAGAAACUCUUUGGCUUCAUUCCUGGAAAGGAAGAUGUCAGACACAUCCGUAUUCCUUCGUGUCAAGACUGGAGAGAUAUUUCAGCACCCAGUCUUCUCUGCAUGGGUGAGGACUUGCAAGGUCACUAUAGCUUCCUUAGAGACAGGGUGGAUGAGGAUAAUGAGGAAAGCAAAUCCGAAGGGAUUGAAUUAAAACCUUGAUUAUAGCACCUCAGGUUGCUCUAACAGAUUCAGGUUGCUUAACAGAUACUUUACUCUCGUGAUGAUGGAGUUUCAGUGUAAUCCCUUCAUCUUUUCUGUCUCUUAUGAUAUUUGUUUAAAUAAGUCCAUUCAAGAUGCUUCUUCUGAAAACAGUUUAUCUGAUCAUUGUGCCAAUCUCUGUU